GAAAAAGUCUGUCAGUUGGAUAACAAAGAAACCAAUCUUUAGGUUUCAAAAAAAGAAACCAAUCUUUAAAAUCAUCAUCAAUGGCUGCUCUGAGCUUCGGAGUUGCUCACUUACGCUCAUUCCCUAACUUAAUCAAAGUACCUUCAAGGCCCAAAAUUUGUUGUGUUUGGGAUCCAGAAGGGGUAUUCAAAACACCGGCCCAAACAGGGCAUAUAGACAGGUUGGAAUUCAAACGUCGAUUUGAAAAAGAUGCUGAUGCUAAAGAUGAUUAUGAACGUCAUUUAAGAGAAGAAAAAGAACGUCGAGAAGCUCUUCGUCAGUCUCGGGUUAUUCCGGAUACGGAUACGGAGUUGAUUGAGUAUUUUCUUGAUACUGAGGCUCAAGAGAUUGAAUAUGAGAUUGCUAGAUUAAGGCCAAGGUUGAAUGAUGAAUUUUUCAGACAAUUACAAUCUGAAAUAGGCCAGCUUCGUUUUGCUAUGGCUAAAACUGAGGAAAUGGAGGACAGAUUGAUUGAAUUGGAGGCGUUGCAAAAGGCUCUUUCAGAAGCAACAGAAGCAUAUGAUAAAAUGCAGAGUGAGCUUGUUAAAGCAAAGCAAAGUCUUACAAAGAUCUUCACUUCCAAGGACGUAAACUCUACUUUAUUGGAGAUGGUUGAGCUUAAUGAGCUAAAUAUGUCCUUGGUGACUCUACUCGAUGAGAACAUAGCAAGUGCACAUCGAAGUGAUCAGAAGCAAGCUGCGGAAUACAUGGAGAAGCUCCGCGCAUCUGUUAUAAAAUAUGUAACAGUAUAGAAUUUCAGUGAAUUGCAAGAGCAUUUUCUUGGAUAAUCUAAUAUAGGCCAUAUAUAUUUGUAUUUCAAGUUGAGCCUAUGUAAAUUCAAAUUUUGGGGUAAAGCAAAAUUAAAUUAUAAUGAUGACAUGAAUUUCGGGAGCAUCCUGAGGUACUGAUCAAUGAUCAUGUGUGCAACUAUCCAAGAUAAGGCAUGUAGAAGGGAGUUUUUUGCACAAUAUAACACUCAUCAAUAGUUUUCAGAGAUUGCAAGAACAAGGAUUCUGUGUUAUUUACUAUUGAGGUAUUGAGCAACGGCUUUU